GUAAUGAAGUACUAAAACCAGAACAUCAAUUCAGUAUAUGUCUUUAUAUAGGCAAAGAAAAAUAUGAAACAUUAGCAACAGUUUGUAAAAUAUUUGAUUCACAAGUAACUUCUCUUAAAGCUCAUGGUAUUAUUGAUAAUGACAAUAUACACUGGCCAGUUGAAUUUUACUUCUCUGGUGAUUGGAAAUUUACAUCAAUUAUUAUGGGUUUAAAUGCACCAAAUUCAACAUAUUUCUGCUUACAUUGUGAGUGUAAUUCCAAGACCAGAUAUAAUAUGGAUCUUUCUUGGCCAAUUACAGGAAAUAAUAAAG